AUGUCUUUUAAGCAAGUAACUCAGUCUAAUAAAAUCGUUAAGCGCGGCCGAGGCCGUCUAAGAAAUCCUUUGUCCGCCUUAGCUAUUGCUGCUACUGCAGCUACGGCGGCUGCGGCGGCUAUACCUCGCACUCUUACCCCCGAAGCUUCGCCCUUUCUUUUAAACCCUUUUAUUAAGCGCUUGCUUAUGCUAACGACCGUUAAAGCUUUAAACAAUUGCACCGCUGCUUUUAUCGCUGCUAAUAUCGCUUUCGAAAACUUCCUCGCCUUAGAUGCUGCCUUUUUAAGAAGUGUUGCUAAUAGUCCGAGCGGUCUAGCGAAUAAAACCUUUGCGCUUGCGCUAGCCGCCUUUAUUGCUCUCGUCGCCCUCGCAGCUCCCGUCGCUCUCGUCGUCGUCGCUCCUUUUGCGCUAGUUAUUGCGCUUGCCGCUUUCGCGGCGGCGCUCGCCGUUGUUAUAACUCUUACGAAGCGCCGAGCUAAAGUAAAGAGAUUGCUAAGAGCUUUAGUUGAUCUUUUAUUAUAA